AUGUCGGGUCAGACGCUGACAGAUCGCAUCGCAGCUGCUCAGUACAGCGUUACGGGAUCGGCUGUAGCCAGAGCCGUCUGCAAAGCUACCACGCAUGAAGUGAUGGGGCCCAAGAAGAAGCACCUGGACUACUUGAUCCAAGCAACUAAUGAAACAAAUGUGAAUAUUCCUCAGAUGGCUGAUACACUUUUUGAGCGAGCAACAAAUAGUAGCUGGGUGGUUGUAUUCAAAGCCUUAGUUACCACACAUCAUCUAAUGGUUCAUGGCAAUGAGAGAUUCAUUCAGUACCUGGCAUCUAGAAACACACUGUUCAACCUCAGCAAUUUUCUGGACAAAAGCGGAUCUCAUGGUUAUGACAUGUCUACCUUUAUAAGACGUUACAGUAGAUACUUGAAUGAAAAAGCAUUUUCCUACAGACAAAUGGCAUUUGACUUUGCGAGAGUGAAGAAAGGAGCUGAUGGUGUAAUGAGAACAAUGGCUCCAGAAAAGCUACUGAAGAGCAUGCCAAUACUACAGGAACAAAUUGAUGCACUACUUGAAUUUGAUGUUCAUCCAAAUGAACUGACAAAUGGUGUCAUAAAUGCUGCAUUCAUGCUUCUAUUUAAAGAUCUUAUCAAACUUUUUGCUUGCUACAAUGAUGGGGUUAUUAACUUACUAGAGAAAUUUUUUGAAAUGAAAAAGGGACAGUGUAAAGAUGCUCUUGAAAUCUACAAACGAUUUCUUACUCGAAUGACAAGAGUAUCAGAGUUUCUUAAAGUUGCAGAGCAAGUUGGAAUUGACAAAGGCGAUAUCCCUGAUCUUACGCAGGCUCCUAGCAGUCUUAUGGAGACCCUUGAGCAACAUCUAAACUCACUGGAAGGAAAAAAACCUGGCAACAGUGAGGGAUCUGGGGCGCCAUCUCCUCUAAGCAAGUCUUCUCCGGCCACAACUGUUACAUCUCCUAAUGCUACUCCGGCAAAAAGCAUUGAUACCUCUCCUCCAGUUGAUCUUUUUGCAACUUCAUCUACAGCUGCUCCAGUUAGUUCUUCCAAACCGUCUAGUGAUCUUCUGGAUCUUCAGCCAGAUUUUGCAUCCACUGGGCAAGCGGCUCCAGCAGCCCCUGCUGGAGCAACUUCAUGGGGAGACCUCUUGGGAGAGGAUAAUCUGGCUGCACUUUCCGGUGUUACCUCUGAGCCACAGAUUUCAGAUCCAUUUGCUCCAGAGCCUAGUGCAACUACUGCUGCAACUACAGAUACUGCAACUACUUCAGCUGCUGCUACAACUACAACUAUUACUGCUGCCACUGCUGAAGUGGAUCUCUUUGGAGAUGCCUUUGCAGCUUCUCCUGGGGAAGCCCCUGCAGCAACUGAAGGGGCAGCAGCACCAGCUACCCCAACCCCUGUAGCAGCAGCUCUUGAUGCAUGUUCAGGAAAUGACCCCUUUGCCCCAUCCGAAGGUAGUGCAGAGGCUGCUCCUGAGCUGGACCUCUUUGCUAUGAAGCCAACAGAGUCUGCUGUUCCUGUAGUUACCCCUACAACUAGCGCAGCCACUCCAGCUCCUGCAACUACUCCUUCUCCAGCUGCUGCUGUUGCUGCUGCUGCUACUGCUACUACAGCUACUGCCACCACAACUACUGCCACCACUUCUGCUCCCACCACCACCUCCGCUCCUCCUGCUCUAGAUAUCUUUGGUGAUUUAUUUGAGUCUGUUCCUGAUGUACCUGCAGCUCCUAAACCAGAUGCUACACCUAGCAUAGAUCUGUUUGGUACAGAUGCUUUUUCAUCACCACCACAUGGAGCUUCUCCUGUGCCUGAGAGUUCUCUCACUGCUGAUCUCUUAUCUGUGGAUGCAUUUGCAACCCCCUCUCCUCUACCCACUGCCUCUCCAGCAAAGGUGGAUUCUUCAGGUGUGAUUGACCUAUUUGGUGAUGCUUUUGGAAGUAGUGCUUCUGAACCCCAGCCCGCAACCCAGGCUGCUUCUAGUUCCUCAGCUUCUGCAGACCUACUGGCUGGCUUUGGAGGUUCCUUUAUUGCUCCCUCUCCAUCACCAUCCCCAGUCACUCCAGCUCAAACCAACUUACUACAGCCUAACUUUGAUGCAGCUUUUGGAACAACAACUCCAACGACUGGAAGUUCAUUUGAUGCAUCAGUAUUUGAUGGCUUAGGUGAUCUUCUUAUGCCAACUAUGGUUCCUUCUGGUCAGUCUAUAGUACCUUCGGCCACACCAACAGUCACACCUUCAGCAGCAAGCAAAGGCCUUGGAAGUGAUCUUGAUUCAUCUCUUGCAAACUUAGUAGGCAAUCUUGGAAUUUCUGGUACCACUUCAAAGAAGGGAGACCUUCAGUGGAACGCUGGAGAGAAAAAAUUAACAGGAGGAGCCAACUGGCAGCCAAAAGUAGCACCUGCAACGUGGUCAACUGGUGGUGUCCCAAGUGGUCCAUUGACAGGAACUGUGCCUCCAGCAAGUGCUGUUCCUGCCACAGGAGGUACUCCACCUGUUCCACAGCCAGGAGCAGCAUUUGGGAUGCCCCCAGCAGGAGCAGGUGUACCCAUGAUGCCCCAGCAGCCAGUUAUGUAUGGGCAGCCUAUGAUGAGGCCACCAUUCGGAGCUGCCGCUGGCCCAGGUGUACAGCUUUCUCCAAGCCCAACUCCUGCUACUCAGAGUCCCAAGAAACCUCCAACAAAGGACCCAUUAGCGGAUCUUAACAUCAAGGAUUUCUUGUAAACAAUAAGCUGCAGUUUUUCUGACUGGAUAAUAAAAAUGUGAGUUUGGAGCCUACAAAUUGAUGCUCAGCGUUUCAAAGUGAGCCACCAGUACCAAACCCAGCGCUUAUUCAGACUUUCUCUUACUCCCGAAACGUGUAGCACAGCUGUGAAAGUGAACAUUAGGAAUGUGUACUACCUUAGCUGUUAUCCCUACUCUCUCUAAAUUUGUGUACUUGGGUUAUUUGUGUUUUACAAUUUAAACAAUGGAUGUAUGUUUCUGAUGCCUUCUAGUGCUUUUCUGAACCUAUCCCAUGGGGGAAGAUUAUGCAGCUGUUGUUUGGUGAGCCAUUUGGAGCGAUGUCUGUGUUUUUUGAAGGUUUCAAUGUAUAUAACUUUUCAAGGACACCUAAAACUUCCCUAAGACUCAAUUUCUCCUUUAUCUAUUACAAAAUAUAGUGUGAUAAGACCAGAUAGUAAGGAAAACACUUAUGAAAUUGUGUGGAAUACACUUUUUUUUCCAAUCACAGGAAUUUCAAUUGUCGUGAAAAAAUGUUUUAUUUUUGUGGCACUGUAUAUGUUAAGAUAAUUUAAAGUAAUAUAAAGGUAAACUUCCAUAACAU